AUUCUACAACAAUACAUUAUGUUUUUAUUCAAAUAUUUAUUUAUAAAUGAAGUGACAUGACAUGCGCCAUGGAAAAUAGGACAUAGCAAUGGCUUAAAGAAGAAGAAAAAAUCGUGCACAUAACUAUUACUUCGAUUAUUUCGAUGCUCAGUACGUUUUUUUAUAUUUUUUGUAUGUCCAAAAACCGAUUUUCGUUUGAACAUAAUAUUUGCAAUUGUUUGAGAUAUGUACAAAUUAUAUACAUUCAAAUGUUUUGUUUGAAAUUACAAUUCAAAUGUCACCAAAGCAACAAAGAACCCAUUCUCGAUUCAAGGUGAUAACUCCAUUUCGAUCAUUAGUUCUUUGUGGAGAAAGUAGACAAGAAAUGGAAGAUUGGUUGAAUGCAUUAAGAACAGUAACAAAGAAUUGCCCUCAGACAGAUUCUGGAAUUGCAGAAAUGCUUAGUGGUAAUCAUCAAUGGUAUGCAACAAGUCAUGCAAGACCAACAUAUUGUAAUGUUUGUAGAGAUGCUCUUUAUGGUGUUACUUCUCAUGGUUUAAGUUGUGAAAUAUGUAAAUAUAAAGUUCAUAAACGAUGUAGUAUAAAAGCAAUAAAUAAUUGCAAAUGGACCACUUUAGCAUCUAUUGGCAAAGACAUUAUUGAGGAUAAAGAUGGGAACAUUACUAUGCCUCAUCAAUGGAUGGAAGGCAAUUUACCGGUAUCCUCAAAAUGUUCUGUGUGUGAUAAAACUUGUGGUUCUGUACUCAGGCUUCAAGAUUGGAGAUGUUUAUGGUGUAGAGCUACAGUACACACAGCUUGUAGACCUGCCAUGAGUGUUAAAUGUCCAUUAGGACCAGUUAAAUUGAGUGUAGUUCCUCCUACAGCACUGCAUAGUAUAGGUGACAUUAUUUUUAUUUCAUUACAUUAUAUCAAUAUAAAAAAGCAGUGUCAAGUUGGAGUUCUACCAUUGGGAACAGGAAAUGAUUUGGCACGUGUUUUGGGUUGGGGAUCUUCUUGUGACGAUGAUGCUCAUUUACCCCAAUUGUUGGAAAAAUAUGAAAAAGCAGGCACAAAAAUGCUUGAUCGAUGGAGUAUUAUGACUUUUGAGCGUACUAUAUCUUUGCCAUGUCCCAAAAGUGUUUUAAAUCAUUCUGAUACUGUACAAAAAUCAAAUAUUGCUAGUCAAUAUGAAGAGAAUAUUCUUACCCAUAUAACAAAUGUUUUGGAAUCAGAUCAAGAAAAUAUAAUUUUAUCUAGUAUUAGAAUUUUAUGUGAUACAAUAAAAGAUUUUGCAGCAUAUAUAAUGGAAAAUAUAAAUUCUGAGGACCAACAAGUGGAAGAAAAAUGUAAAAUACUUCAGCAAAAACUUAAUUUGUUCUUAACAAUAUUAUGCAAAGAAGAAGAAUAUCUAACUGUAGAUGAUGCUGAUAAUAUUAAUUUAAAUACUGAAAUUUCUGUUUCACCUGAUAAUUAUGAAAAAGGAGUAUUGGAAAAGCCAGAAAAAGAUAUAACAAAUUUAAAAAAAGUGCAAAAAAGAAAACAACUUGCAGAUAAAGAAAUUGUUAUGUCAAGAGCAAACAGUUUAAAGAGAACUGUAAGAAAACUUGUAGAAUAUGCUCAAUUGGUUAUAGAUGAUCAAAUUAAUGUUAACUCAAAACAUGAUAUUAAAAUAGCAAAUACAAAUAGUUCAUUAGAUGAUAGUACAAUAAUAAAUUCAAUAUUGAGCAAAAAAAAACAAUUAAAUAUUCCUGGUUUAAAAGUAGACCAUGUUGAAAGUUUAUCUGUAGAAACAUUAAUAGAAUCUGUAAAAAGUACAGAUAAUUCAGUAUGUAUCAGUCCAACUCCUAAUGUAGCAUCUUUAAGUCCUAUACCAGAUCUUAGAAGAGAUUCUCAACCUGAAGAGAUAUUAACAUUACCUGCUCCUGAUGGUUUUGCUGAUAGUAGACGAAAUAGUGAAAAUUUACAAGGUUCAUUUAACUUUCAUACGUCUAUGAUUCCUUGUAUGGAUAAUGAACAAGAAGCAGAAAUACUUGAAUCUAAUGACCAACAAAUAUCUGAUUCCAAUAAUAUAGAAAUUUCUUCAGAAUUUCAAGUUAGUAUUACAAGAACUACUUUUGAUACAAGUUCACCUUCAGAAGAUGGAACUACACAAGACAUUUCAUCUGACAUAGAUUCAAUUCAAUCGCCAGAACAUGAACAAAAAUCAGAAAAUAAAGCUAAAAUGGAAGCACUUAAAGGAUAUAUAAGUAGUGAUACAUUUGAUUCUGAAAUUAGACACAUUGAUUCCCCUGAUAAUUCAGAAAUGAUCACUAGUGAAUUACAAAAUUCUGAAAGCUUAAUAGGACAAGAUUUAACUAGUAUUAUAAAUGGAGAAGAAUAUGAUUCUGUAAGAGAGUAUUUAGAAAAUGAAUUAGAAAAUACUGAUAUUACAAAUGAAAUUGCUAGACGAUCAUUUAAGAAAUCAACAAAAUAUUCUACUGUUAUAGAAAUGGAGAAUAAAUUUAAGUACAAAAUGGGAUCAACAGAACAAAAUAUAAACAAGGCAAAUAAAUUUAAAGAACAAGAUGCCAAAGCAUCUGAUUUAUUACGCCCUGUAUGUUGCUUUACUGUAUCUUCGGAUACUACUCCAACAAAUGAAAAACGUAGCUUUCCACCCACAAUAAGUGUUAUAAUUAAUCCUCCUAGUCCAUCAAUGUCAAUUGAAAGUCAACAUGAUUCAGAUGCAGAAUAUAAAAUGAAUCCUUAUUUAAGACGACAUACUGAUGAAAGUAUGGAAAGAUUAAGUGUGGAACUACCAGAAUUGGGUUUUUCUCCUCAAGCAACACGUCGAAUUAGUAGUGGAAGUUUGUUGAAAGCAUCAGAAGGUUCUUUAGCUGCUACAGCUGCAAGAUUUGGUGGCUCUAAUACAAGUCUACGUCAUGAAAGAAUCAAAUCUGUUGAUAAGACAGAAGAUGUUAAAAAACUUCCAAUUAUCAAUCCAUUAGUUCAGUUACCUAUGUGGCCAAAUGUUAGUGGAGGAACUGGACUUAUUAGUCAAGCAUUACUUGCAAAUGCAGAUGCACUUUGUGCUGCAGUAUCACCAUUGAUGGAUCCUGAUGAAACAUUAAUGGAAGGUUAUUUUGAACGUUGUGUUAUGAAUAACUAUUUUGGAAUUGGCAUAGAUGCAAAAAUUAGUCUUGAUUUCCAUCAUAAAAGGGAAGAACAUCCUGAAAAAUGUCGAUCACGAGCAAAGAAUUAUAUGUGGUAUGGUGUAUUAGGAUCUAAACAAUGGUUACAAAAAACAUAUAAAAAUCUUGAACAAAGAGUACAAUUAGAAUGUGAUGGCCAACGAAUACCAUUACCUUCAUUACAAGGAAUUGUUGUAUUGAACAUUCCAAGUUUUAUGGGUGGUACAAAUUUUUGGGGAGGCACAAAAGAAGGAGAUUUGUUUUUAGCACCUUCAUUUGAUGAUCGUAUAUUAGAAGUUGUAGCUGUAUUUGGUUCUGUUCAAAUGGCUGCAUCACGAUUAAUUAAUUUACAACAUCAUAGAAUUGCACAAUGUCAAACAGUUCAAAUUAAUAUUUUGGGUGAUGAAGGAGUACCUAUACAAGUUGAUGGCGAAGCUUGGAUUCAACCUCCUGGUAUUAUACGUAUUAUACACAAAAAUCGUAUGCAAAUGCUUUACAGAAAUAGGGCACUUGAAACAUCUUUAAAAACAUGGGAAGAGAAACAACGCAAUACACUCAAUGCAAUAUCUCAAUCAAUAUCAACUUUAAGCACACAAUUACAAUCACAACCUAAACUUCUUCAAGUACAUAAUAAGCCAACACAUUUAAAUGAGGAAGAAAUGUAUAUUCUAUUGGGAUUUAUUGAAGUGGUUACAACUUUAGUUAAAUGGGUUAAACUUCUCAUUAUAUCACAUCCAAGUUUGGAACCAGAUUUAUAUCAAGUUGCAGCACGAACAGCACAAGCACUUGAACAAGUUCAUCCAGAUGGAAAAAUUUUGCAAGGAAUUAAUUUAAGACCAGUAGUAACAGAAUUGGUGUCAAGUGCAAGACAACUUUAUGAAGAUUCAUGUGAAUUACUCAGAGAUAAAGCACAUAAUUUAAAAUUACGAGAAGACUUAGAAAAUAAACUUUCAUUUUCUUUGGCCAGUAUGGAACAAGAAUUAAAAAAAUGUAUAUUUGAUGAAGGAGGUACAGGAUUAGUAUAUUUACAAAACUUACCAUCAGAUGAACAGGGAGAUAAAAAGAAUCGUCAUAGAGGUUUGUUCUGGUUAAAGUUUCGACGUUCAGGAAUUAAUUCUGGAACAAAUCUCGCUCGAGAUCAAGUUACUACAUGGGGAGUACAAGAAGUAUGUUGCUGGUUGGAAAAUCUACAGUUGGGUGAAUAUACUGAAAAGUUUAUUUCUCACGAUAUAAGAGGUAGGGAAUUAUUAUCAUUAGCCCGUAGAGAUCUCAAAGAACUUGGUAUUAUUAAAGUAGGACAUGUUAAACGAAUCUUACAAGCUAUCAAUGAUCUAAAUAAUUAAAUAUAUUUAUUUAAAUAUUAAAACUAUACAAUUAAUUAAAAGUAUUAAUUAAUAAUUAAAAGUAUAAAAUAUACAAUCAAAGAAAAAUAAAAGAAAAUGUUAUACCAGUUAAUAACUAUCUGGAUGCUAUUAAACAUAGAUUUACAAAUAUAUAUAGAUAAAAAUGUAUAUUAUUUGAAAAAUAGGAAAAAGAUUAUACAAUUAAAAAUUAUAAAUUGUAACAAUAAAGUUAGAAUACAAAUAUAAUAUGAAUAUUCUAAUAAAAAGGGGCACUUAGUGUGACACAGCAGUGUUAUAUGAAAAUUAUUUUCUACACUGCUGUAUUUAAUAAAAUAAUAUUACUUGUGCCAAA